AUGUUAGUUUCUUGGAAUGUGAGGGGCCUGAAUAAGAUGGUUAAGACUAAAGAGGUUAGCUCCCGCCUCCGUUCUCUUAACCCUAUGAUCUGUAUUUUGCUCGAAACUAGAGUGAAGCAUGAUAAGGCUGACAAAAUAAGAUGCAAGUUGAAACUAAAAGGUAGAUUUUUGGACAAUUAUACUGAGCAUGAGAAUGGUAGAAUCUGGAUUUGGUGGAACAAUGCUAAGAUUAAGAUUAGAAAAGUUACUAGCUCUGGGCAAUUGAUUCACUAUGGUGUCUAUGAUAUGAAUGAGGUGUUCCAAUUUUGGCUUACAGCAGUGUAUGGAGCAGACAAGCUGGACCAAAGAAAGAGAUUGUGGAGUGAUAUUAAGCAUAUUCACCAGAAUCAACAAGGCAUGUGGUUCUUAAUUGGAGAUUUUAACAAUGUAGUCCAAACCAUAGAUAGAAGAGGGGGAUCCAUGGUGUAG